CUGCUGCUCAGGGGCCGCCGACACGGAGGGCGGCCUCAAGCUUGGCCCGCGGCGAGAGGGGACGACCUGUCUCAGCCGCCGGCCUCAGGUCAAGGUCAGCGGCAGCGACCGGCCAGAGGUCAAAGUCAGCGCUCGGCCUGGCCAUGAACGGCGUUGCGGCCUCCGGCGACUACGGCAUGGACGACGACUACCAUGAUGCCGACGAUACCAUUCCACUGCACCAGGAGGACAUCUAUGGCGGCAGCCGGCGCAGCGUGAUGCCCGAGCUGAAGAAGUGGGACGUGUUCCGCGUCAUCCCGCCCGACAACGACUCCGGCUCGGCCGCCGACCAGCGCUGCCUCGACAUCACCAUCAAGAUUGUCAAGGUCAUCGUCUACAUCAUCACCUUCGGCAUCGUGCUGGCGUCCGGCGUCAUCGCCAAGGGCACCACGCUCUUCAUGACUUCGCAGCUCAAACAGCACAAGUCGCUGGAGUACUGCAACAAACGGAUAGGUAAGGGAAAGGCCAUGGACUUUUGGCGU